GCUGUCAGACGAGCCGCGUUGGGGAUUGACUCGCGGCAAGACGACACAACAAUCGAGCUGCACUCCAAACUCGGAUGCGAUCGCUCCACCCGCCAAGCCUUCACGGGGCGUCAACUCAUGCGAACCCUGGAGGGGGGAUAUUCGAUGCCCAUUGGCGCACAGACCGAGGAGGCAGUGACGGCUGAGCUGAUUGUGCGGGCGAUCGUGGUCAGUGUGUAUGGUCGGAAUGGGGCGGAGAUCAGGACGAGGAUCAGAGCACGCAAAGCGGAAGUUGUCGAAAACGUCGGCUUGCGAUGGGAAGACCUUCGUGAAGACAUUGGCAGAACGGCUGUGCAAUUUGCACCUGACCCCUGUGACAAGAAGACGUAA